AAGAAAACCUCCAUCCUGCCACAACACAGAGCCUCUGAUUGUGUUCUGCUUUGAUAUGUCUCACGAAGUGCAAACCUUUGAAGUGGAUUCCUGCAAGCCCUUCCCCUUGAAAGACAACUGCAGUGCAACGAUGCCAUAUAAUGGAACUGAGGCAAUGACCAAGCUUGGUAGCACACACCUCGCAGACGUGAACGACUCCACCUGCCUUCGUAUCCAGACGGGCUCCUGUGCCGCAUAAACUUGUAUUAAUUAAGUCUGCCUUUGUGGAUUCAGCUGUAGGGCUUUGCUGGGGCCCCGAGGAUGCAGGUGGAGGUUCGCACCCUUGCAUCUCCUUCCAGUAGAGUCCAGGAGUUACAGGUCAAGGGCAGGGGCCUGAGGCUCACUGGGAGAGGAAGGACUUGGCUUCAGCCCAGGAACUACAGGUGUGAUCAAGGAAGCCAGCCAUGCUGGCAGCUCUGGGGAGAAUGUCCUAGAGCCAGCCCAUGUGUUGAUUGUGUGGCUGGUACUCAGGAAAACGCUAGUGCCUAAUUCAGCUAAAAAAGAAAAGGAAAACAGCAGCUCUUCUGGAAAGAAAAAAAAAGGAGAGAAAACAUAAGAUAUGUAAAGAUUGGGACAGGAGGGGGAAUGGAGGAAGACACUCUUGCUGUCUGGCCAGGGCGUUCGACAAAUUCAGGAGAGAGAUGAACUGGCCCUGUUCUUGCAUCUUGUUUUGCUGGAUUUAUUUUGCUGCUUCUAGACUGAGAGCUGUGGAAACAGCAGAUGGAAAAUAUGCUCAGAAGUUGUUUAAUGACCUUUUUGAAGAUUAUUCCAAUGCUCUUCGUCCAGUGGAAGAUACAGAUAAAGUUCUAAAUGUCACGCUGCAGAUCACUCUGUCUCAGAUUAAGGACAUGGAUGAAAGAAACCAAAUUCUGACUGCCUACCUCUGGAUCCGCCAGAACUGGUAUGACGCGUACCUCACAUGGAAUCGAGACCAGUAUGACGGGCUGGACUCGAUCGGCGUACCCAGUGACCUUGUGUGGAGGCCGGACAUCGUCUUGUACAACAAAGCUGAUGACGAGUCUUCAGAGCCAGUGAACACGAAUGUGGUCUUGCGGUACGAUGGGCUCAUCACCUGGGACUCACCAGCCAUCACCAAGAGCUCCUGUGUGGUAGACGUCACCUACUUCCCCUUCGAUAACCAGCAGUGCAACCUGACCUUCGGCUCUUGGACCUACAAUGGCAAUCAGGUGGAUAUAUUCAAUGCCCUGGACAGCGGCGAUCUCUCCGACUUCAUCGAAGACGUGGAAUGGGAGGUCCAUGGCAUGCCGGCCGUGAAGAACGUGAUGAUCUACGGCUGCUGCUCUGAGCCUUACCCGGACUUAACCUUCACUCUCCUUCUGAAGCGGAGGUCCUCAUUCUACAUCGUCAAUCUGCUCAUCCCGUGUGUCCUCAUCUCUUUCCUUGCUCCCCUGAGUUUUUAUCUCCCAGCAGCCUCUGGGGAGAAAGUCUCCCUGGGAGUGACCAUCCUAUUGGCCAUGACUGUAUUUCAACUCAUGGUGGCAGAGAUCAUGCCGGCUUCUGAAAAUGUUCCUCUGAUCGGCAAAUACUACAUAGCCACCAUGGCACUGAUCACAGCCUCCACCGCCCUCACCAUCAUGGUGAUGAACAUCCACUUCUGCGGGGCUGAGGCCCGGCCCGUGCCGCACUGGGCCCGCGUGGUCAUCUUGAAGCACAUGGCUAGGAUCUUGUUCGUGUACGAUGUGGGUGAGAAUUGCCUCAGACCGCGCCACCCCCAGGAGCCUGACCACCUCACCAAGGUCUAUAGCAAACUCCCAGAGUCUAACCUCAAGACAGCCAGGAACAAAGAUCUUUCCAGAAAGAAAGAAGUGACCAGACUCUUAAAGAAUGACCUCAGGUGCCAGGGUGAGACCCUGCAGGACAGAGAUAGCUUCUGUCCGAGGUAUGAGGGGUUGACCAGAAACAUCGAGUACAUCGUCAAGUGCCUCAAAGACCACAAGGCCACCAACUCCAGAGGCAGCGAAUGGAAGAAGGUGGCAAAAGUUAUAGACCGCUUCUUCAUGUGGAUUUUUUUCAUUAUGGUGUUCGUGAUGACUAUUUUGAUCAUAGCAAGAGCCGAUUAGUAAUUAGCAUGUGAUAUUGGGGGAAAACUCAGUAAAAUGUCUUUGGUCCCCUCCAAUGUUGU